AUGUCUUCCAUCAACGAUCUAGCCGCGGCAGCGACUAUUGCUUCGUCUGCCGUUGCCCUCCAGUCCUCACCACAGCAGCAAGCAGCACAGCCGGCGGUGCAGUCCUCUCCGACCCCACCAGCUCCCAUCGACCCCUCCUCCACCAAGCCCGCAUCCGCCAGCACACCAACUCAAGGUUCGGCUCCGGCAUCUGACCCAGCACCGUCGCAGGCGUCGCCACCCGCAACCACCGUCCUGGUCGCAUCGAAAGCAUCGGGCUCGACAUUGGGGCCGGCAUCUUCUCCUCCGGGCGCCCAAGCAGCAGCUGCAAGCACCUCUGCAUCUGUUGAUGGAGCAGGAAAUGGACCAGCAGCUGUGUCUGCCCCGCCGCCGGAGGAGAAAUUGAAAAAGAAGAAGCCGGUCCGUGGCGCUUUCAUUGUGUUCGAGGGAAUGGACCGCGCCGGCAAGACUACUCAAGCCAAGUUGUUGCAACAGAGAUGCAUCGAGGAGGGCAAAAAUGUCAAGUUCAUGAGGUUUCCUGACAGAACAACGCCCAUCGGCCAAAUGAUCGAUGCCUAUCUCAAGGGUCAGACGGAAAUUGAGGACCACGUUAUUCACUUACUCUUCAGUGCUAAUCGAUGGGAAGCAAUUAAGUCAAUCCAAACGGCUUUGGCCAGUGGACAAACCAUCAUCUGCGACCGCUACUAUCAUAGCGGCAUUGUUUACAGUGCUGCCAAGCAGAAUCCAUCACUGCCUCUGUCUUGGGCCAAAGCCCCCGAGGUCGGUCUCCCACGUCCGGAUCUGGUCCUCUUCCUUGAUCUAGAGGAGCAAGUAGCUCGUGAGAGAGGCGGUUGGGGUGGCGAGAUCUAUGAAAAGGGCGAGAUGCAACGCCGCGUUCGGGACCUGUUCUGGGGUUUGAGCAUGGGAGAUGUUUCUGGAGCUUCCGGGCAGGGCAAGGGAAAACGGGGGGAGAGUGGCGGCGCGGGCGGCGCAGACGGAAGCCACCAAUCCGAGCCCUUGCGGCCACACGGCGAGAAGGGUGAGUUUAGACAAGAGGAGGAGGAUCUCCAGAUUGUGGAUGCAGACUUGGGUGUGGAAGAGCUCAGCGACAAGGUCUGGGAACAUGUCCUGCCCCGACUCGAGCAGGUUGAGAGAGGUGAAGUUGGUGACAGAGUCAGGACCGUGAGGUGA